AUGACAGAAUAUAUUCCACGUCGAGGUGAUCAUGUUUAUGCUUGGCGUAAAAUCGGAAUAUAUCAACGUCAUGGAAUUGUUGUUACGAAAGAAGAUAUUAUUACAACAUUAUCUCCUAAAUUAAUUCCAGAAAAGAUCGAAGAAAAAAUGAUUGUUGAACAAAAUAUUCAUGGAUUAAAUAUUGUUGCUUUAAAAGAAUUUCGAUGUGAACAUCCAUUUAAUUAUUUACAUAAUGUUAAUGUUGCUAGAUAUAAAAUAGAUCCAAUGGAUAAUUAUUUAAAUAGAAGUGGAACAUGUUAUUUAACUGAUAGGUUAUCUGAAGAUGUUAUUGUUUAA